GCAAGAUCAAGCUUAAGCAAGAAAAAGUUCCAAUUUUUAAUUGCUUAUUAAGACUUAUAAGUUAUAAUCCUUUUACACAAUCUCUCUCUUUUUUUCCUUAUAUUUCUUCAUUCUUGACAGAAAAUAUGUAUAUAUAUACACAUUUUUGUUUAUAUAUAUAUUUUUAUCUUUAGGCCUUACAUAUGCCCAUUGCCCACAAUACAAAAUAGGUAGGUGUACGCAGUUUGAAGCAAGAUUCCUCUUUUAUUCCAAGUUGUGACCAACAUUAGGGAAAAAAGGACAAAAUAUAUAACAAAAGAAGGGCAGUGAGUGAGCAAAGAGGAGAGAGAGAAAGAGAAAAUGGAGAGAGAUAAUGAAGUGAGAGCUUCGAAAUUCAAGAGGAUUUGUGUUUUUUGUGGGAGCAGUCAGGGCAAAAAAACUAGCUAUCAAGAAGCUGCUAUUGAGCUGGGCAAAGUUUUGGUUUCAAGAAAUAUUGAUUUGGUCUAUGGAGGAGGUAGCAUAGGCUUGAUGGGUUUAGUUUCUCAAGCUGUUCAUGAUGGCGGUCGGCAUGUUAUAGGGGUGAUCCCCAAGACGCUCAUGCCUAGAGAGUUAACUGGUGAAACAGUAGGGGAGGUGAAAGCAGUUGCAGAUAUGCACCAAAGGAAAGCUGAGAUGGCAAGGCACUCAGAUGCUUUUAUAGCCUUACCAGGUGGUUAUGGAACUCUAGAGGAAUUACUUGAAGUCAUAACUUGGGCUCAGCUUGGUAUCCAUGAUAAGCCGGUGGGAUUGUUGAAUGUUGAUGAGUAUUAUGACUCGUUGUUAUCGUUCAUCGACAAAGCCGUGGAGGAAGGGUUCAUCAGCCCAAAUGCUCGCCACAUAAUCGUAUCAGCACCGACUGCAAAGGAGCUCGUCAAGAAAUUGGAGGAAUAUGUCCCGCGUCACGAGAGAGUUGCUUCGAAACUGAGCUGGGAGACCGAGCAGUUGGGCUAUCCUCAAAAAUAUGAUAUCAAAAAGAAAAAUGGAUUUGCUGCAUAAUAUAUGUGUUGGAAGUUGCUAUUUGAAAAGGCUAACUAGGGAACUCUUUAAAAUUUUUGUCGCGAGGGAAAAUCUUUUUUUGUAAAUUCAUCCGGGACUGAGCCCCUUUUCGUGUUUUUUUUCCCGCGCUUUUUCGAACUUGUGAUUUUUGUUGUUUGCAAGUUGUAACUA